AAAAUUGCCAAGAGCGAUGACGAUAUGGAAGGCGGUUAUCCUGUGGUUUUCAAAUGGCAUUGUUCUGCUACCAGUCAACCUCGGUCUGUGUAUAUAUGUGGAUCUUGGGAUGGAUGGCGUCAAAAAAUCCCACUGGUGAAGUCAUCAAGCGACUUUAGCACUAUUCUUGAGCUCACACCAGGGCACCACGAGUACAAGUUUAUGGUUGACAACAAAUGGGUAGUAGACGACAAUCAGCCAAAAACAAACAACAAUUUGGGAGGUGAAAACAACGUAAUGUCGAUCGACGAAGAUGACUUUGAGGUUUUCGAUGCAUUGGACAAAGAUCUGGCUUCUUCUAAUGCUGGAGAAGCGAUGCGCGGCGCUCCUAAUCACCAGCCUUCUCAUGAUACUCCGAAUGAUAGAGAACUGGAGAAGUUGCGCGCUUUCACGCAAGACAUUCCUGACAGGAACGAGUUCGCCAAAGCUCAUAAUCCACCCGCUCUACCGCCUCACCUUCUCCAAGUCAUACUUAACAAGGAUACUCCUGUCCAAUGUGAUCCUAAUGUACUGCCUGAACCCAAUCACGUGAUGCUUAAUCAUCUUUACGCUUUGUCAAUCAAGGACGGAGUAAUGGUGCUGUCUGCGACCCACCGAUACCGUAAAAAGUACGUCACCACUCUUCUGUACAAGCCGAUUUGA